AAGUCGUUGCAGAAGCUAGCCUUUUGCUUCAUCUACAUCCAUCAAGCUUCUGCCUCUGCUUUCUGAAGUUGCCGACGUCUACCGCUUCACUCAAUCCAGACAAGAGCAACGAGGCCUGCCACCAGUGCGACUAGUUUCAAAGCCACAAUCGAUAGGCCUUCAACAUAACGCUCUAGACGUCGUACGACAUCAGCAAUAGUGGGAACAGGGCUACGAGCAAGAGCAGGACUGCCGUCACAAUGACUGUGACCCCCAACACCGCCAACUCACCUGGCACGAACAGAGCACAAAUGGACCCCAUCCUCACCGCCAAAAAGCACACUUCUCACAUCCAGAAUUUUCCCAUCCCCUUUCCAGGCAGCGCAAACGCCUCUGAUGAAGACUUACCACCAAUUCCAAGCCCUGAGGUGUCUUCUAUAACCCUCGACAACAAACCAGGCGCAAGACUCCACUACACAUACUAUCCCGCCUCGACCUCCAGAAACAACCACCCAAACCCAUUCUCCCAAACCCUCAUCGUCUUUCUCAAUGGUCUUAUGCUACCAAGGAGCUCUUGGGAUGCCACUAUCCGCAGUUUUCUGGAGAAGCGCGUGGCCGGACGACUUCCCUAUCCCGCUCUACUGAGUUAUGAUCGCUACGGCCAAGGCGACUCGGACCACGAUCCAGACGAUAAAGACCCACCGCCUAGCCAUGGCCAUGACGCAGUGUCCGCUGUCAAGGCACUGAAGCAGUUCACCCUUGAGAUCUGGAGAGAACACCUCGACGUCAAUAAGCCUACUCACUAUCCCUGUCUCAUCUUCGUGUGCAACAGCAUUGGCUGCGCACUUGCACGACUGUUUACACAGUUUUACCCUGGGACGGUGUGUGGACUGUUGUUUCUGGACAGUAUAAUGGCGAACAGCGACUCUCAGACGCUGUGGCCGAAUCCAGAUGCCCCAAAUUUUGAUCCGCAUACGCUACCACCCGGCGUAAGUGCAGAUGAUGUCAGGGAGACGAGGGAAAAGUAUAGGAAGCUUUUUCAUCCCGAUGUACCGAAUAACGAGGGGCUAUCUCGACGCAAUCUAGCGAAAUUGCUGCCGUACUCGGAUGGCCCCAAAUUAGAAGGAUAUCUGGGAAGGGGUCCGUAUCUCACCGUGGUGGGCCACGACUGGGAGACUUUUGCUGAGCAAUCCUCUAAUUUCCCCUCUACAGACCAAGGCUCUUUACACACGCCUAAAAUCCUUACAAUGGCCUACGCCAACCCCGCAUGGCGAAAAUAUAACGAAGGUCUAGUGCAGAUCACCGACGAAGGGAAAGCCAUUGGCCCUAUCACAGCUGUUCGAUGUGGUCAUUUUAUUCAACAGGACGACCCAAGAUUCGUUAGUGAUGAGCUUGUCUCUCUGCUGGACAGAGUAGUAAAUCGCGUCGAGCAGGUCAGUGAGCGAGACUGAGCACCAAUUUUAGGUCGUGUCACGUGUAGUCUCCCUAUAACCCACGUAUAGCUCAGGGGUUUCCGGUAUCUCAAUAAUAAUAACUUUCUCCUCUUCUUAGCAGACAUCAACCGUACUAACCAAGAGGACGUUGGAUGGACUAAGGCACAGAUUAGGCGAUAAUUCAACAACAUGAGGCUUUGAAUAAUCAAAAGGUGUGCCUCUAAUAAAAGCACCCUAUCCAAAUGCUAAAUUGACAAGAAGCCGCCCAUAUAUACAAGUUCACUCGCCAGUAUCUACGCCA